UUGAUACACCAGAAUACAAGAACAGCAUCACAUGAUUAUAAAUCCCAAAUCUGAUUGAUACUCGUAGCGUCAACUGCUACAGCUGCGACGGAGCAAUCUCCUACUUGUCAUCCACACGUUAACAAAUUAUAGAUCAAUCUCAUAUUCUCUUCGUUUCUUCUUUCUUUCUUGUCCCUGUCUCUUUGUCUGUCCACACACUUUCCUCUUUCUCUGUCUCUGUCUAAUUUCUAGAGCCUUCGUAAUUCCACUUUUUUCGCACGCUUUGGUUUCAAUACCAGAAAGAAAAAAUUUCGUUUUUGAUUCUCCCAGGGGACUUUGCUUACAAUCUCCUACUUCUUCUAGCGGAAACGUGUCUCCGUUACGCCAGAAUUCGAACACGAGAUUAGUUUGUGGCUUUCUCUGUUCGAGUUCUUUGGAAGUUGAAUUCGUCGGGUUUCCGCAACACUAACCAAAUCGUGCCCUCUCCGCAAUGCUGCAAUCGUGAGUUCUGUGAUUUUUUCCAUGGCGAGAUCGUGAAGAUUUUAAAAUGGGAACCUCGGAGAAAUAGAUUUGCAUUGUAAAUUGGGCUUGAACUUUUCGACUCAGUAGGAAUCUGAAUUCUGUAAAAUCUGCUUGUGCAAUUAUUUAUCGUGGAGGGGGGGACAAGAUGGUCUUUGAAAUCAGUUCUGUUGUUUCAAAGUUGCAAAUGGUAUCCACUUCGGACCAUGCCUCCGUUGUCUCCAUGAACUUAUUUGUGGCUCUUCUUUGUGCUUGUAUUGUCAUUGGCCAUCUUCUUGAGGAGAACCGGUGGAUGAAUGAGUCUAUCACUGCCCUUUUGAUUGGUAUUUCCACUGGCGUAGUCAUUUUGCUGCUUAGUGGUGGUAAAAGCUCACAUAUUCUUGUUUUCAGUGAAGAUCUUUUCUUCAUAUACCUUCUGCCGCCUAUAAUAUUCAAUGCUGGGUUUCAGGUGAAAAAGAAGCAGUUUUUUGUUAACUUCAUGACCAUCAUAUUGUUUGGUGCUAUUGGUACAUUAAUAUCUUGUGCGGUCAUAACUUUGGGUGCGUCACAAAUUUUUGAGAAGUUGGAUAUUGGUCCACUGGAAUUAGGGGAUUACCUAGCAAUUGGUGCAAUAUUUGCUGCGACAGAUUCUGUUUGCACAUUGCAGGUGCUAAAUCAGGAUGAGACACCUUUGCUGUACAGUCUUGUAUUUGGGGAGGGUGUUGUGAAUGAUGCUACAUCAGUGGUGCUUUUCAAUGCAAUCCAAAGCUUUGACCUCAACCACAUAGACUCUUCAAUAGCUUUGCACUUUUUGGGCAAUUUCUUGUAUUUAUUUGUCGCAAGCACAAUGCUUGGAGUGUUGACAGGUCUACUCAGUGCUUAUAUUAUCAAAAAGCUGUAUAUUGGAAGGCACUCUACAGAUCGUGAGGUUGCUCUUAUGAUGUUAAUGGCGUACCUAUCCUACAUGCUAGCUGAAUUAUGCUAUCUAAGUGGCAUCCUCACUGUAUUCUUUUGUGGGAUUGUUAUGUCUCAUUAUACCUGGCAUAAUGUGACUGAGAGUUCAAGAAUCACUACCAAGCAUUCUUUUGCAACCUUGUCAUUUGUUGCCGAGAUCUUUAUCUUCCUUUAUGUGGGUAUGGAUGCCUUGGACAUUGAAAAAUGGAAAUUCGUCAGUGAUAGUCCUGGAACAUCUAUUGCAGCUAGUUCAGUAUUGUUGGGCCUAGUUCUUGUUGGAAGAGCAGCCUUUGUUUUCCCCUUAUCCUUUCUAUCCAACUUGGCUAAAAAAUCACCAAAUGAGAAAAUUAGCUUCAGACAGCAAGUAAUUAUUUGGUGGGCUGGUCUUAUGAGGGGUGCUGUUUCAAUGGCACUUGCAUAUAAUCAGUUCACCAUGUCGGGGCAUACUUCACUGAGAAGCAAUGCAGUCAUGAUCACUAGCACCAUCACUGUUGUACUUUUCAGCACGGUGGUCUUUGGUUUGAUGACUAAGCCACUCAUACGGCUUUUACUACCUCAUACUCCAAAUCAUAAAGAAAUAAACAUCGUGAUAGCCACAGAUGCAUCUACUCCAAAAUCAGCCACUGUCCCACUUCUUGGGAGUGCCCAAGACUCUGAAGUCGAUAUUGAUUCAAUCCAUCGACCAAGCAGCAUCCGCGCAUUGCUUAGAACUCCAACACACACUGUUCAUCGUUUGUGGCGUAAGUUCGAUGAUGCAUUCAUGCGUCCUGUUUUCGGUGGAAGGGGUUUUGUUCCUGUAGAACCUGGCUCUCCAUCUGAACGUAAUGGUCAUCAAUGGCGUUGAGGAAAAAGGCAAGAAAUAUGUAAUUUGUAUUGUAAAACUGAGUAAAUUUUUGUGGAGGUUAGCAAUGCUUGUAUAAGAAUCCCAUACUGAGAUUUUGUCAGCUCUUUGGGUAGUGAGAAGUGAGUGCAUAUGUCAUCUCAACUCAUCUCAACGUCCUUCGUAAAGUGUAAUAUUUUAUUAUUAGAUUUCUUUGACCAUUAUCAUUGUAUUUAAAUAUUUUUCAAGUUUUA